AUGUUCAAAAUCAAAGACUUCCAAGGGAUGCAAUACUCCCGCGAUGGUCCCUCUAUCGGAAAACAGGACUAUGACUAUUUCAACCAGCAAUAUGCCACCACAUCUUACCAGCAAGAGCAUAACAUGAACCCGGCUCUCAUAGUUCAACCUAAGGAAGAUGACGACGUUAUCAACGCUGUGAAAUGGGCGAAAGAUAACGGGGUUGCUGUAGCUGUCCGUUCCGGUGGUCACCAAUACAGUGGUGCUUCCUCCACUGGUGGUAAGAACAUCCAGAUUGACCUAACCAACACGUAUAAGGACAUGAUGGUCCUGGAUGAGGAUGGUGUAGCCGCAGAUAGAGCAUUGGUGUACGCUGGCGUAAGCAACAGACUUCAAGACUUCAACGACUACCUCCGCCACAAUAGCUUGUUUGUGCCUCAUGGACAAUGUGCCUACGUUUGCACUGGUGGCCAUGGUCAAACUGGUGGUUACGGUCAACUUGGUCGCAGCUUUGGUCUGUUCGGCGACCAUAUCGUCAAGAUUCGCCUGGUCGACUACAACGGUACCAUCCAGAAUGUCACCAAGAAGAGUGACCCUGAGCUCUUCUGGGCCAUUACCGGUGGCAGUCCAGGAAACUUCGGUAUCAUCACCCACUACACCCUGGAGGUAUAUCGUGCCUCAAGCUACGUGGGAACAGUUGCUGGGCCAAACGGAUUUAAAGGUCCCCACGGCAUGAAGGGUCUUUGGAUUUACGAGCCCAAGGUCCUCUCCAGACUACUUGGAUUCAUCGCCAAGAUGUCCGACGAAGGCAAGGCCCCUCGCGGUUAUGACCUCUGUGUCAGUGUCCUCAGUACAGAUUUCCCUGUCACAAUGCUUUUCCCUUCAUUGAGAGACGACACUCUCUGGAAGAAGAUCCAGGCCAAGAUCAAGACAGCUCUGGCCAAGGAUGUGCUUGACUUGCUUAAUGGUAGCUUCCCCGCCAUUAUCGUCCUCUACGCCCAAUGGUGUCCUGUCAACAAGGGCGAUAAGUAUGACGGCACCGUUGACAAGUGGUUCCAGCAAUUUAGAGAUCUCCAAGAUGAUUGGAGUAACCACACUCUUCUUAUCAACGAGUUUGAUGAGGAUAUGUCCAAGUUGACUGGCAGGUGGAUCUUCCCCAAGCGAAGGGAGUUUGAGCUACCGUACGUCAAGCGAACCUACGCCACCAAGUCACAGACCCUCCAGAAGGAUGGCUGGGUUGAUGCAGUGGUGAAGCGUCUGGAUCUCAUCUACAAUCCCCGCCAGAAGCUCGACGAUAGUAAAACCCACAAAGAAGCUGAGGUCUACGACCAUUGCAAACUUUCUGUGCAGAUCCAAUGCUUUGGAGGUGAAAACUCCCGCUUCAACCUCAACAAAGACAAUGGCACCUCCUACAGCUGGCGAGACUCGACUGUCGUCCAGACACUGGACUGUUUCCACGACCCAGGCUCUCAGUACAGAGACUAUGCGGUGAACUGGCAGAAGACCAACGACGGCAUCAUGAUCGGACCCAAAAGCCCGUUCAGUAAGCAAGAUAGACGCGUCCUCUGGGGCUCCUGGGGUGAUUGGGAUAUGAGCAAGCCUGAGAUCUGGCAGGCGUACUAUGAGGAUGCUGAUAAGUAUAAGAGGCUUGGCAAGGCGAGGGCCAAGGCGGAUCCUAAUGGCACGUUUACUGCCAAUCCAUUCGCUGUCACUGCUGUGAAGGAUGGUCCUUCCAAGCUAUAG